UGGCUUUAGCACCGGCUGAAACAGCCGGCCACCGCGAAAAUGGCGUUUUCGUAGGUGUGUGCGGCGCCUGGCUCUUGUGGCAAAACGUCGAGUCGAACUUCAAUGUUUUCUUGACCGCGUUAUAGAGAGAUGGCAAACUAUGUCACUUCAUCGGGCGGUCCUGUGCGGCCGCCGAGAACGUUCAAGACCACGAAGGAUUCGAAUGGCCUGCUUAUAUCGGUUAUCAGGUCGCUCUCUGCCAGCCAAAACAGUGCCGAUCGUGAUCGUGAGAAAGCGAAACUUGAGAAGGACUUUAAACGUAGCGAUCAAAAGUUGGAUGACUUGGUUGCACAAAACAAGGAGGACCUCACACGUGCGAUGCAAGAUUUUAGUAAGAUAUCAUCUAGAAUAUCGGCGUCACGAAGCAAAGUGCAGUGUAUCAAGGAAAAGUUGACAACUUGCAAGACACUUCUUCACUGCAAACGAGAUGAACUAAAGAAGCUUUGGCUAGAGUCUGUGGAGCACAAGCAUGUACUCCAGCUUCUUGAAGAAAUUGAAUCGUUAGUGGAAGUGCCAGACAAGAUUGACGCUUUCCUCAGUAAAAAGCAAUAUCUUCACGCCACACAGUUGCUUGUGUGUUCCGUAAAUCUUGUUGAAGGAAGUCUUGAAGGUGUUGAGGCCCUUAAAGAUGUGAAAGGAAAGCUUAUCUUCAAAAAAGAGCGGAUGUAUGAAGACCUUGUGGACGAACUGCACAGGCACUUGUACCUGAGGAGAACAACAGAAGCAUUGCAAAAGUUUCGGCGCCAGAGCUCGGACAGAAAGGUGCAGUUUGGCCCCAUUGUUCAGUCAAGGUCUGCACUUGUGGAGCCUGCUCCUGUUGCAGCAGGGCAGAAUAUCAGCUCUCAGGAACUGAGAAGUUCCAGCACUGCAACACUGAGCUCUUCAGCUUCCAGCUUCUUAGGUGGUGAACCUGAAACAAAUAGUUUACUAAGACUAGAAGAAUCUGGCCAGUUUGGUGAAGCACCACAUCUGGCACCAAAAUACACAGCCAUCUUGGUCAAGUGCUUGGCUUUGCUCAACCGUAUCCCUGAUACUGUUGAGCUCAUCAAGGAACGCUGCCAGACUGAGCUAUUGGCAAUGGUGCGGCGGACAACUCAGGUGCUUCUUGACACGAGCAAUGGUUCUGCACAGACAGCUUCAGCUUUACAACCACGUCUACUUCUAGACCUGUUGGAUCUGCUCUUUGAGCAAUUUCGAAGUGUGGCCUCUGGACAUGAGUGUGUUUUGGCGAACAUGCAUGCUAUGGUGGAUACCCAGGGACCUGAGAAUGGUAUACCAAUGUACACUUUGGCUGAUGUGUGGGCCAGGAUACAGGCUGUGAUGGAAUAUGUUGUGGGAAAGUACCUGGACAUUCACAACACUGGUUCAGCACAACAAGUCCCGCCACCUGUAUUCACUGAAAUGACAGCAACAAAUGACAUUGCUUCCUACUUCACUCGGAGAAGAAAUGUUAAGCAGAAAAAGUUUGCCCUGUUUAGGUUUGAUUGCUCUUCACAUGCAAUCAGCAUGAAUACAUACUUAAAAGAGAAGAAGGAAGAAAUGAAGGACAAGUGUGAUUACGUAGAAGUGGCAGACUCGCACCAGCAGUUGGUUUGUGUGCCUACUUCCAAGAACAUCACAUAUAUUUUCAAGCCGCUAAUGAACUUUAUUACGGAUAUAGAAGCAGCACUGAAACUAGAGGAUGGAAAUCACUGCCAUUUGUAUGAAUACCUGGUUGAAUGUGUGAAAAUAUUCUUGGGACAUGUGAACAACGAUCUGGACAACACUAUUGAUAAUGCCACAAAAAGCUUGGAGACCUGGAAAGUGACCUCCGAUGCGGAAGUUUUAAAAUCUCAUGGAGUUGUGAGGCCAUUAUUGCAGAGCACAUUGUGUGUGGACCAGAGUCUUCAAGGCUUGGAGGAGUUGAUGCAGGCAUUGCCUAUGUAUGUCGAGCAUUUCCUCAGCUUGGCCUGUACCAUCCUACAGAACUACAAGCAGACCAGCCAGGUGGCUUACAGAGGCAUUGUUCAGCCAGAAUCUGAAGACAAGCGUAUCAUCAGUGCAACAUGGGCCAAGGAUGAAGACAUCAGCCGCUUUUUGAUGUCCCUUCCCAACUGGGCGAACUUGCAGCUGAUGAAGGAGAACAGGGCAGCAGUGGAUGUCGAAGAGUCACCUGAAGAAGUGCGGCUGCGCAACAAGAAGGAGUCUGAAAUUCUUAUCGGGAACUUGGCAAGCGGCACACUCAUCCCUCCACACGAAAUCCUCUCAGAUGUGGCCCAGCUGCGUGUGCUUGCUCAGCUACAGGAAAGCCUUGAAUGGCUGAGCUCACGAAUCCAGAGCAUGGCUACUUGUGUAGUACACAUAGAAAAACAACGUGGAUCAACUUAUGUUCUUGCUUCUCCAAGGGAAUCGGUUCAAGAUCUACCACCAGUUCCUGAUGCAACUGUCCAGACAUUGGAGGAGCUGGCAAAGGACUUUCAAGAAAUAGCUGAUACUUGCCUUUUGGUGUUGCACUUGGAAGUGCGAGUGCACUGUUUCUUUUAUCUCUUACCUGUGACUAUACAAGGCAACUUUGCGGGUGGUGUGGACAGCCAGGAGCCUGACCCUGAAGUAAUGAAGCUGAACAAAGACCUCUCAAGCAUCGAUGAAGCAAUGACAGCCUGCCUACAACAAAGAAAACACAGGUACAUAUUCGAAGGGCUAGGGCACCUCAUUGCCUCCAUCCUGAUCAACAGCACAUCCAGCAUACAGAAGGUCAAUGAGAAUGGCAUAAAAAAAGUUUGCAGGAACAUCUUUGCAAUGCAGCAAACAUUGACGAGCAUCACAAUGAACCGCGAAGUGGCCCUGGAUUAUGCAAGGCAGUACUUUGAGCUAUUUUACUUCACACCUGAGGACAUAUUAAAUCUGAUAGUGGAGCACGGUGCCCAGUUUCAAGAAAUGGAGUACAAGAAUGUCUUGCUUCUUCUUCAUCGAAGUCUUCCUAGCAGUGACCGGGACCCAGACAGUCUAGAUGCUUUGCUUUCUCGGCUUAGAGACAUUCUCAAUGAAGUGGCCGUGGCCAUUUAGCCCCCCAACUCUGAAAGGUUUGCCUGCAGCAGAUGGUUACUGUGCGAGUCAUGUGACUGGUGAUGCAAUCAUAAAAACAGGAGCGAUCAUGCUUCUG